UUGUCCACUUAUCUAUGCUUAGUUGCAUAUACAUUAGACAAGUAGACAUAUUUAAUGGUAAAAAUCAAAACCAUUCCAGAAAAUAUAUACUAAAUGAUGUAACAUAACAACAACCAUUCUGUAUAUUUAAGAAAAAUAGAACUAGCACUCAUUUUGUGAUCUUCUUUGGCAGAACAGAACAAUUUAUAUAUUGAGAAGCACAUACAGUACACACCACAAUUAAAGACAUGUGAAAAAAAAACAAAGGACACCACAACUAAAGUAUUAACUAUCAUUAAUUUGUAUGAUAAUUAUGAUCCUUAAAAAAGCUGAUGCUACCUGUAAAAAGCUCCUCAUGUGUCCCCCUGCCAACAAGUUCCAACAUCAUUAAUCAUCAUCAUCAACCCAACCUCCUCCGACCAACCGGUAACCGAUAAACGCCGGUCAACUUUCCCCGCUUUAACUACACUACGACCCCGGUCACAGUGAGUUUUUUGUUCACACUCUCUUAAACAAUGCAUGCCCUCACUAACUCCGGGGCCGUACUUCUCGCUGUUUUACUCUUCUUCCUCCUCAUCCUUGUCGCCGAACUCUCCUACAUCUUUUGUCGCCGCACCGGAUCUUUACCGUCUCCGGCAAGUCAAGAGGUCAUUUUCCAAUUCUUGAUGUGUUGCAAGAAGAACCAUCACUCUCGUUCUCGUAUUGAGCCAAGUACCGGAAUCGUUUCUGUACAGAUGGAGGAGCACGCUGUUGCUGCUGCGGCGCCGGAGGAGGAUGUGACCGCUGCGGACAAGUGGCGAGUGUCGAGGCUUUUGUUCACAAUCGAGGAAGAGGAUUUGGAUCAAUUAGAAGAUGAUGAUGAUGAUGAUGUGGCCUCUGUGGAAGUAGAUAGUGAUGGCGAACUCCGACUUGACGUUCCAAUGGAAUAUUCCGGCGAUCCAACACCGUUCUUGACGCCGUGCGACUCUCCUCCGUACUUCACCCCUUCGCCAUCUCCUGGUCGGGAUGAGGAUGACGUCAUUGAUGUUUAUGACAUCAGCAGCAGAACUAGCUGUUGUUUCAAUUUCCAAGGCUCUCAGAUGUGUUAAUUUUGUUUUUUUUUGCUUAAUUACUUCCAACGGUUUUUACAGAUUAGGUGGAACAGUUUCGUAAUUAUUUUACGGGUUUUGUCGGAAUUAUUUUAGUAUUUCGUUUUUUUUGUUACUAAAACUUUGUCGUCGUCAUUUUUUUUCCGGCAAUUUGAAUAUUAGCCAAGACUGCAUCAUAUACAAAUGUUGUCAAAAUUAUGACGUAAUGUGAAAUUGUGAAUAUUGUGAUAAGUCGUGGAGAUGACGGCAUGACGCUAUGAAGCUGAUGAUGAUGAUGUAAAAGAGGGAGGGAUGGUUACAUUUUUUUUGUUUUCUUAGAUUGUGAAUGUAUUUUGAUUUGGUUUGAUUCAUUGAAACUUCAGUUUUGGUUACCUAAAUGAACCAAUUUGUUUUGGGAACUCGAUCUCCAUUGUGUUUCAUUUCCGUAUCGUUUUAUGUUUGAUUCAAACAUUUAGGCUAUUUUUGUGUCUUGUA